AUGAUCGAGCCCUUCCAGCACCCAGCGCCCAAGCUGGUAAUGGAGCCUCCGUCGAUGCAGCCGUGGACGAUGACGCCGCCGUCGCUGUCGCCGCUGCACAUGACGCCGCCAAACAUGGAGCUGCCAAACUUCAGCCCUAUACAGGACCACAUGCCGCUGCCGACGCUGUCCGCAUCGAAGUUCAUUCCCCCGCAAAGCUUCCUCACGUAUAAGCACCCGCAGCCGAUCUCGGUCGUUAAGUUCUGCAGGCAUGAUCCUACACUGCUGGUGGCCGGGAGUAGCAACUUGGAUCCUGAGGAGGCACGGCCAGUGCAGGAGGAGGCUACCAUCACCGUGUUUAGAGUCGAGGAUGUCUCUAGGGAGGUCCGCGGCGAUGACAAGAUGAUCGCUAGAGGCAUCUACGAGGUCCGCCAGAAGAUCAGACCGAGACUCCACGUUAUGGCCACCGUCAAAACUCCCGGUGCAGUCCUUGACCUGGCCUUCUCCCCGCACGACUCGGAGCUGCUGCUCGCAACCCUCAGCACCGGGCAAAUAAUCGCCUACCGCACGCCGCGCGGAAAAUACACCAUCAAGCAGCUGAGCACCCACACAAUCUCCCGCGGCAACCCGAUCCACAGUAUCACCUUCUCACCCAGCUCACGCACACUCGCCGCGGCCACCAGCGGGAGCGGCGCAGUAUUCCUCCUCAACAUCCCCUCCUCCCCGCGCUCCGACAACGCAAUCACCCCUCUCGCGAAAAUAACCGCCCACACCUCCGCCGUGCUCCACGCGGCCUUCAGCACGGACGGCAAGCGCCUGUACACGGGCGACGAAUCGGGCGUUCUGAGCAGCUGGUCCAUCACCAAGCCCUCGACACCAAAACAGAAAUGGACGUCGUCAGAUGAGCACCCGAAGGGCCUCACGGCGCUGCUCCCGUGGCCCGCGCCCUUUGCCUCCGACAUAAACCAGAAGCGCCGGCUGCUGCUCACCGGUAGCUACGACGGGAACCUACGCGUGCUCGACAUGUCAUCGCACGUGCGCCCGCCGUACUGCCGGCAGGUGCUGGAUCUCGAGGGGUGUGUCUGGCGCUUCGCGCCGCUGCCGCCGCUGCCGGUCAAUGCUGAGAUCGGCACGCUCGGGCCGGGCGCGUUCUGUGCGGCCAACCGCCCAGAUGUUGAGCUGGAUCCGGAACAGCAGGGUGUUCUCGCGGCGAGCACCAGGGGUGGUAGUCGCGUGCUUAUUCAUAAACAGAAGUUUGAGGAGGUUUUCCUGCCGAGACGCGACGGGAGCGAUAUUGUCGAUUGGACGACGAGUGAUGGGGUCAAGAUGGAUCAUGAGGGACGUGAGAAACAGUACUAUUGGUAUGACCUGGCGGAUAUUGAGGAGCAUGGCGAUAGCGAGGUUUAUGCCGGCGAUGCCGUCGCCGUGAUCGAUUAUGAUCCGCUGUUUAAGGAUGCGGGCGAGCAGAGGCUGCGUAGGGGCUGGAGGCUGGUUAGUGCUAGUAGGGAUGGGACUAUGUGCUUCUGGCAGGUUUAUGUCGAGUAG